AUGGCGGUGCUUGCGCCUCUGCCUCCCUCCCCGUCCAAUAAUUCCCCUGGUGGGGAAUAUGGAGACCUCGAGCUGGGAGAGGUCCGGAAAGCCACUGGGCUGAAGGAUAGGAAAAGCGGCACUACAAGCUGCGUUAGGAGCCGGGAAGACAAUGGGAAAGACCCGAGUUCGGCGGAGGGGGAGGAGGGGGAGGAGGGGUCUGGGGAUGGGGCGGGGACUGCGGCGGAGAUGCCAGGGUUCUGGCCUUUUGCAAAAGCACUGCUCCGCGGUGCAAGAUACGGCCUGAUGGAACGGGCGGCCGAGAAAGUCAUGUCCGGAGGAUGGGAGCAAGUGGUGGAGGCAGCGGCUGUAGCGGAGAAGAAAGCAAAGAAGAAAGCAGCAAGGGGUUGGUUUUACUCUCCAUGGCUAUCACAAAAUAUCAAGAUCGAGUUGGGCGAAUCCCUUGAUUUACCGGUCGAAGAGGCUCGUCUGUGCAACUUUAGAAUUGCAGCUGGAGGAGACCAUGGAUCUCUGAUUUGGUAUGUAUAUCUUGAGCAUCAUGUACAGAAAUCCUUACAUCCGCAUGAUGCUGGUUCCAACAGAGCCUUGGAUACCUUAGAUAGCUUACGAGUUUACUUACAGACGCAGCUCUUUUUGGAAAGAAAACAUUCCAAUAUUCUACCCUCUGUCCAGACCAGGAAUCAUCCCAUGACCGCCAUUUUCGUUCCAUGCUUGUGUCUGUACUCGAUUGCGCGAUAA